CCAUCCUCGGUUUCUCACUUUAGUAGUUGUUCCAUUUUUUUACUCAACUAUUAGUAAUCAUUUGAAAACAUGUCAGUUUGUGAAGAAAAGGUAGAAAGUGAGGCUAAUUUCAAACGUCAAUUGAGGCAUUGCCUUGAAACGUUGAAAAAUGCCUCUUCAGACAACGAAAAAUUUGCUGGAUUAUUGGUGUUUACUCAUCUGAUAAAGACAAAUGCUGAUGUUAAUGUGGAUGAAAACGAACUUAUGCAGUCCAUUGAUAUGCAUUUUUUGGUUCGUCUUCUGAACAGCACCAACGUUCCUCAAGGAUGUCCAGAGUUUGUGUACAAGUCAUUGGCUCUUAAUAUCCUGAGUAGUUUCUCACAAUAUAAUGUCCUAUCUCAUUCUGCACUGCUAUCAAACUUAGGAAGAAUUCUAGAUGUAUUUACGAAAAACCAGGCUGACAACCACCAGAUGUUAAAAGAUGCUAUUUCCAUAAUUUUGAUAUUUUCCAGAAAUGUUGAAGGCUCCAAGAAUUUGCUUAAAUCAAAAUGUAUCCCCAUCAUUUGCAAAAGAAUCAUGGAAAGCCCUGAAACAGAAAAUCUUUUUGAAAUUAUCAAGGGAGUUCUUCUUCAUUGCCCUCAAUUGUCAUGGGAUGAAAACCAAACUGAAUUCUUGGAAUAUCUGACAUUUCUAUCAACAGAGUUCUCAAUGAAUCAGAACUUGUUAAAGUUUGAAUCAUGCAAGAAGAUUCUUGUAUUACUGUCAAGUCUUGAUGCAAUACAAGAAGAAACUGCUGCAAGAUAUGUUGAUUCAUUUUCUUUCAAAUCAAAGACAGAAAUAAGGGAUGGAAUUAGUGAUAUUCUUAAGUCAAGAUGUAAAGUCAAAUUCAAGUAUAUUGCAGUGCAACUGGCAAGAGUUAUGGUGGAAUUAUUUGGUUUGGAAUGGACCAUACCAUAUGUCAAUGAAAGUCUUUUAGUAAAUCUGACAGAUGCCAAGUUUCUGCUUGUAGUGUUGGCCAUCACUAGCACAGAGAUUCAUAUAAUCUUUGAAAACAACCAAUUGAAUUCUGAACCUGAUUUUGUGAUUUCAUGUUAUAUAAUUAUUGAGAAGAUGAUUGAAUUUCUAAUUAGCGAUAACAAACAAAGCUGGUCAUUUAGUGAUGAAGUUAUCAGGUCUAUUCAUUCAAUGCUAACUUCUGUAUUUGACUAUCUCAUUCAAUUUCUCAUUGGCCUGGAUUCUCAAAACCCUGAGGACAACACUCCCCAGACACCCAUUCUCAUGGCAACAAUAAGAGUGCUAUGCAUGUGGCUAUCAGAGGAAACAAGCACUCUUGGUGAGAGGAUAGCUGAAGUUCUACCAAUCUUGAUAAAGUGGGCAAAGUAUGACCAAGUUUACUCAAGCAAGGACAACUUACAGGAGACAGAAAAGUUAUCAAAUGAAAUUCUUUUGUAUCUUCUUCCUCCAUUAUGUCAUUUUUCCGCCGAAGAGAACUUUUCCGUGAUUUUGAUUAAUGAAGAUUGUCCACUUUUGCUGGGGAAACUGUUCAUAAACCUUUGGCAAAAAAACAACUGGAAAAAGAAAAAUAUCCAAACCACUUGAUCACGCUUUGUAACAUCUUCAUGAAUUGGUCAGUUUUGGAAGUGGAAAUGGUCAAACAAGGCAAAAUAUUUGGAGAAAUAUUAAUGUGUAUUCAAACUGCACUUCCACAGUUAAUCAACUUAGUUUCUAUUGAGUUAACAGCACAUUUCAUCCUACUUGGUUUGUUUCUGUUUAGACAUCGACAUACACUUUCCAAGUUAUCUGAUACAGAAAAGCAUUUUAUCACAAGUUGUAUAAAUGGUCUAAAAUGUUUCAAGCACAAGCA